AUGGACGCAGCGAAGCUGUUUGUUGCGGCUGUCCUACUAGCACAAACUGCACGCGCAGCAAACGAAGCUGCACUGAAACCGGAAGCCUGGAAGGCUGUAUGCGACAUCUACUCGGUGCUCAGCAGCAAGGAAACAACAGCCCAACGAGCGACGCAAACAUUACAAGCGUCCCUUGUAGAAGCGUACAAGAAAGAAGUAAAAGCACGAAUUCUGUUGAGCAAAACGGCCGACGCAGCAGCUAAGGCCAAAAUAGCACCCUUGCUCGCAGCGCUAUCACAACACACGGCUGCUCUUAUGGCGGAAGCGGCGCAGGGGAAACUAACAGCGGCGGCGACGACAAUCGGCGCAACCUCUAUAGUUAUGGGCAGGCUUAAAGAAUACUCAGCGGUAGCCGCAUAUGCAAAAGACGGCACAACAGCGGGAUGCUGGGCGGCCGAUGAAGCCGGAAACUCGUUCAAAACUCUAGCCGAAGCAGCCACACAACACACAAACUGCAACGAAAUAGCGGGGGAACAAGCAAAACACGCAAACCUCGAGACAGCAAUAAACAGCAAAGGCUUUACCAUAGCGGGUCUGACAGUCAAAGCCUGUGCGGUAACUAACAAAGGGUGCAGACUGCAUACGCGCAAAACAUCAGAGGGGAUCAUCUCCACCGGCUCACCAGAGCAAACGAAGGAAAUAGCAGCCGGUUUGAUCCAACUAACAGCCGCAGACCCAACCUUUCUCGACACAAAAGACAUGGCCUCAGUUAAAAGCGAAAACAAAGCUAAAGAUAUAGCAGCGGCAUGGGAUGCGAUCCAAGUCAAGCUGCAAACCUACGCAACAGAAGAUUGGCCGCAAAAAGCAGAAUGUACAGAAAACUCUAUAUGCCACAAGGUAGCGGAACAAGCAGGGUUACUAUCGCAACCAACGCCGCAAAAAUCUCUUGCCGAGCAGCUUUCAGAAACGUACGGCACAGAAGAUGAAGCCGUCACGGCAAAGCUGUGGAAGCUCAUGCUAGCGAUUCCAGCCCCAAAAGCUGGCGACGCGUCAACGAAAAAUCGCAAGCUCCACGACGUUGAAGACCUUGACUACCUCGUGGAAAUGCUAGCGAACUCCACGGCGGCGCAAGCGAAACCACAACCACAGUCCACAACGCAGCAAACGUGCACUGUUACUGAAGCAAAAGAUACUCAGGAAAACCAAAUCCACUGCAACAGCAUUAGCGAUAAAGACAAAUGUAAUGCUGAUCCAAAAUGCAGUUAUGAGACAGAAAGCGAUAGCAGUAAAAAGUGCAAAUUAGAUGCCAAAAAAGCAUUAGCAACCGGCGUCUCUGUGGCACAAACUCAAACUGGAGAAACAACAACAGAGAAAUGCAAAGGGAAAUCGGAAAAAGAAUGCAAAACAUCGGAUUGUAAAUGGGAAGGCGCAACUUGA